AUGGAUGGUAAUGUUCCUGAAGAAGCCACACAGUCAACAAAUGUGGAAAUAUCUGAAGAAGAUAUUUUAGUUGCUGCUCCUAAUGUUGGUGUGGAAUUAAAUAGUGAACCUUGUAAGGGGAUGGAAUUCAAAUCUGUGGAAAAGGUUAGAGAAUUUUAUAAUUCAUUUGCAAAAAGGAUGGGUUUUGGAGUACGUGUUCGCUCAACUAAACCAAAGAGAGCUGUCUUUGUAUGUUGUAAUGAAGGUCAUCAUAUAGUGAAAAGUUCAACAAACAAAGAAAUCCAAGAUGGCACAAAUCAAACUAAAAGAAAGUGUUCUACUUCUCGAACUGGUUGUCUAGCCACACUUGUUGUUAAAAGAGGUACAUUAGAAGGAAAUUGGAUUAUAUGUUCAUUUAAGAAUGAUCAUAACCAUCCCAUGGUUAGCCCUAAAAGUGUGUCUUAUAUGCGGUGUCAUAAAAGCAUGAAUGGUGCUGCAAAAAGUCUUGUUGAACAUUUUAAGGAAGAAGGUAUACCGACAGGAAAGGUUGCUACAAUGUUCAGUGAAGGGGACUUGGCUUUCUCUAAUAGGGAUUGUUGGAAUCAUGUUAGAAGUCUUCGAAGAAAAAAUUUAGACGUUGGAGAUGCUCAAGCUGUUUUUAAUUAUUGUAAACAGAAACAGGUAGAAAAUUCAAACUUUUUCUAUGAAAUCCAAUGUGAUGAAGAUUCUCGGAUGAUAAACUUUUUUUGGGUUGAUGCUAAAUCAAGAUUAGCUUACCAACAAUUUGGAGAUGUAAUAUCUUUUGACACCACAUAUAAGACUAACAAGUAUAGUAUGCCAUUUGCCCUGUUUGUUGGAUUGAAUAAUCAUUAUCAAUCAAUUUUAUUUGGUUGUGUUUUACUACAAGAUGAGUCAGAACGCUCGUUUAUAUGGUUGUUUGAAACUUUUCUUAAGGCAAUGGAUGGUAAAAAGCCCAAAUCUGUCAUAACUGACCAGGAUUUGGCUAUGAAAGGUGCUUUAGCCAAUGUUUUUCCAGAAACUAGACAUCGCCUCUUCUUAUGGCAUAUUAGGAAAAAAUUUGCUGAAAAGUUAGCUCAUGUUUAUCAUAAAAAUUCCACUUUCAAGCGAGAAUUGAAAAAAUGCAUUAAUGUUUCACCAAGUAUAGAAAGUUUUGAAGAAAACUAG